UUGUGGUGACAGAUAGAGAGGGAGAGAGUUUAAUUUGUCUUUCAAACUAGGGGGAGCUUGAAGGGAAUGCUUGAUGAGAAAGAGAAAAGGUACUCUGGACUCCCUUUCCUGCUUGUUCUGAUUCUUUAGAUUAAUAUUGUCUGAAGUUUGUGGUGCAGAAAAUCUUUGGAAUAGUAACACAGGGAUAUUAGAUGGAGAAAAGGAAUUUUAAAAAAUCACACUCCAGCAAGUGAACCUCAUUAAGAUUCCUGGAUUUCAUUUCUCUCAUCAUGAAGGCAACAACAGCUAUUGUCGUGGUCUUUGUUUUGUUGCUGAUUUGUACAUAUGCAACUUCAGAAGCUGCAAAGAAGAAUAAAAAGUCUAAAGUAUAUGUUCCUCAGAUUCACUGUGAUGUCAAAGCUGCAAAGAUAAUCAAUCCAGAAUUCAUUGCAAAGUGUCCCCCAGGAUGUCAAGAUGUCAGAUACCGAGUCUAUGGCACAGAUAUCUAUGCUGCUUUUUCCAGUGUGUGUGGUGCUGCUAUUCACAGCGGUACAAUUGACAAAUCUGGCGGGAAAAUCCUGGUUCAAAAAGUUGCUGGGCAAUCUGGUUACAAGGGUAGUUACUCCAAUGGAAUCCGAUCAUUGUCUUUACCACGAUGGAAGGAGUCUUUCAUUGUCUCAGAGGGCAAACCCAAAAAAGGUGUGCAAUACCCAUCAACUCUUGAAUAUUCGUCUUCAAAAAGCACACCUGUUAAAGGAGGAAGUUCACUUCGCAAAGAAUAUCGGACAACUGCAGCACCAUUACCUGCUACACAAGUGGCCACCACAAUACCAAGUCCCACCAUCAUGACGACAGCAUUUGUUAGCACAACUCCAAAGCCAACAACAAUCCCAACUACCAUCCCUACAACAAUUGCCACCAAAAUAGCUACAACUGCAAAGCCUCUGCUCGCAAUGCACAAAGUCAGGGACAUUGGUUCUAGCAAUGUCCAUCCAGCUUACUCAUCAGUGGCAGCUGUAGCAUCAAGGCAGAUUCAGGCUCUUCAAGGAAGAACCCAGAAUCAAGCAUUCAGAGGAACUUCCAGCUAUGCAAGUAACAGAAAUAGCCCUCGAACUAAUACAGGUAUUCAACGUCAAGAGCCUGUUGCUACAUUCCGGAAGUCUGCUAGCUCUCCUGCCAAUUUGGCUAUGGAGACUGACAUGUGGAAACCUGGAUCCAGCCUUUUUGACACAGGUUUCAGUUCUAAAGAAGACUUGAUCCCAAAACCUUUGGAGCCAGUUUCCCAGGGGAACCCAAAUUGCAAAGUUGACUUAUCCUUCUUGAUUGAUGGAAGCUGGAGCAUUGGCAAGCGCCGCUUUCAGAUCCAAAAACAGUUCCUCAAAGAUGUAGCUGAAGCCCUGGAUGUUGGUAUUUCUGGCCCUCUCAUGGGCAUCAUUCAAUAUGGUGAUGACCCUUCUACCGAAUUUAACUUGAAGACCUACUCAAACUCCAAGGAUCUGAAAAAUGCUAUCAACAAAAUACAACAGAAAGGGGGAUUAUCCAAUGUUGGGAGUGCACUUUCUUUUGUUAAUAAAAACUUCUUUGAGGAUUCCAAUGGAAAUAGAGGUGGUGCACCCAAUGUUGCCAUAGUGAUGGUGGAUGGCUGGCCCACUGAUAAGGUGGAAGAGGCCUCUAGGCUGGCAAGAGAAUCUGGCAUCAACAUUUUCUUUAUCACCAUUGAAGGACCAGAUGAAAAUGAAAAGCAGAACGUUGUUGAACCCAACUUUGUGGAUAAGGCCGUAUGCAGAACUAAUGGAUACUAUUCUAUCAGUGUUCCUAGCUGGUUUAGCCUUCACAAAACAGUGCAGCCAUUAGUGAAACGGGUCUGUGAUUCUGAUCGCCUGGUAUGCAGCAAAACCUGCCUAAAUUCAGCAGACAUUGGGUUUGUCAUUGACGGAUCCAGCAGCGUCGGCACUGGCAAUUUCCGCACAAUCCUCCAAUUUGUAGCCAACAUUAGCAAGGAAUUUGAGAUUUCAGAUACAGACACUCGUGUUGGAGCUGUUCAGUACACCUAUGAACAGAAGCUGGAGUUUAGCUUUGACAAGCAUAGCAGCAAACAAGACGUGCUGAAUGCUAUCAAGCGAAUCAACUAUUGGAGCGGGGGGACCAGCACUGGAGCAGCCAUCAACUAUGCUUUUGAACAGCUCUUCAGUAAAUCCAAAGCCAACAAAAGGAAGAUAAUGAUUCUGAUUACCGAUGGCAGAUCUUAUGACGAUGUCAGAGGACCUGCAACAGCAGCUCAUCAAAAUGGAGUCAUAGCCUAUUCAAUAGGAAUUGCAUGGGCUGCGCAAGAUGAACUGGAAGCCAUUGCAACAGACCCCGAUAAAGAGCACUCCUUCUUUGUGGAUGAAUUUGACAGCCUUUACAGAUUCGUUCCUAGGAUCAUCCAGAAUAUCUGCACAGAGUUUAAUUCACAACCACGGAACUGAUUUGGUCAGCAUAUUGCAUUCAGCGUUGCAUCACUGACUGUCCCACAAGGUUUCAAAAUGGAUUUGACAGAGAGAUAGCUACAGUCCUCUCUAGAUAAACUCAGUGGGAUGAAACCCAUGGCUUGACACCUGUUUCCACACACAGAACUCCUCUUCUCCUUAAGUCUGUAAGCCAGCUAUAGUGGAUUUAAAAAUCUUGGGGCGUGUGUGUUGGAGAUGACCUUUGUUGGGAAAUGUCCUUCCCCCGUGAUGGAGAAGAGAGCAAGUGCCUAACCUGCAGGUGGCUUUCAAGUAUUCUUCAAUAUCUUUUAUUCAAAGAUUAAGCAUUUCUCAGGCAUGCAGGUCUGAGACCAGGAGUUUUUGCAUAAGCAAUACAAUAUAGUAUUACAACAAAUAUAUAUUUCGUAAUGGCUUGCACACUUCAGGAUCCCACACACGUCCCUUCUGUGUGUGCUUGGCAGGUGCAUCCUUCCUGCCAGCUGCAGCUCUUGCAAGAGAGCAUCCAUGCAUGAGGAGAAUGCUGCCCAUAGCACUUUGAAUCCCAGUCUUUAAUUGGAAUUGCUGCUAGCAAAAAUGCAUGGAAAGGAAGGAAGCAAAACACAAUGAUUAUAAAAAGCAGGCCUGCUGAUAAACAGGAGGCAGAAAUCCAGAUCCAAAAUAAAAUUCAGCAGCAACAUAGGACUGCAUCAGCUGCAUGUCUGCAUAAGAUUGUUGUCUUGCCUGGGUCUUCAUAGUACUUUGACUUAGUUGUGUAUCUCCAUACUGGCAGAUUAGAAAUGUUCUAAGAAUAAUGCUGGGCAAAUUGAUGCUUUGGAAAAUUUAACAAUAUGUUCCUGGCUGCUGUUCCAAAAGGGGAGCCGUCCUGCAGCCUGGAACCAAAGGGUGAGGCAGUAGAAACAUAUUGUUCCUACCAUUGUCCCCAUGAGCCAGAAUUUUACUAUUUGGUAUCAGUAUUUAAAUAAGGAAGGCCUAAUCUGACGGUGUUUCUCAAGCUGUUGCAAAUAUAAGGAACCCUAUUAAUAUGAGAUUGAUUGGGAUAGCAUUUUUGUUUUUGUUUCAAAUUACCUCUAAUCUUAGUGUCCAGUUAUAUUAGCACUCACUCUGAAUCAUGAAUAGUUUUAUCAGCUCUUUGGUCUCCAACAGAAGCCAAAUAGGGUUCUCUCUUAGGAGCAAUGCUAGGAACAUGGUCAAAAGUAUCUAGUCUGCCUUAUGAGGAUGACUUGAGCUGAGCCACUACCUUCUGGUUUUUUCUAUUCAUGCAAGGCACAUACGCAAAUGAGUCACUUCUGAUAACAAGUAAAAUAUACAGCUCAAAAAUCAGCUGUGAAGCAUAGUAUAUUAUUGGAACCAACAGAGAUGCCAGUCUCUGUAUGGGUCAAGACAGAAUUAACCUUCAUGUAUACAGCAAAAACCAAGGUAUACCUUAGAUGCAGUAAAUAUGCAACAUAAGCCACCCUUACCUUAUAGCUGCAUCCAUGCAAAUGUAAUUAGUAUUCUGAAAAAAGGCACUGAUACAACAGCUUGAAAUUAUCUGUGUUUAUUAUAAACACAGAGAAAGUGAGAGUGAGUCAGAACUACUUUCUGCAGGACAUUUUGGAAAGGACUGCAACCCCCAAGUUUCAAUAUGGAUUUUUAAAUAUGGGACUGAAGGGCAGUCAAAUCUCUACUUGUCAAACUAGGAAAAACUGUUAUCCAAUUAAGAGCAGAGUGGCAUGCUUAAGCAACAGAGGGCUGAAAAUGGUGACCCAACAUCGACCUUUCCCCCUCCCUCCCCUGUAAUAUCUACAACUUUCUCUCCCAACCUCCUCCACUUAAUUGGGGAGGGGAGGGAAAUGCUCAAGGGGGUGUAUAGCAUCAAGCCAUGAGGAAAAUUAUAUUGCAUGCAACAAAGGCAUAAGUACUUGACCUAUUUCCUAAUAUGUUAGUUUGCCAUUUAUGUCCUUGGAAAUCAUACCAUAAGGUCUUAAGGGCACAUUCUCCCAGUUUUUCCACUUCCCUGUUGACAUUGCUAACCAUUCAGUUUGGGGGAAAUGCCCCAAUAUCCACACAGCAUUAGCCUUAACUAUAAACAUUCAGGCCAUGUACUAAACUGUUUUUUGCAAUGUUUUUGUUGACAAAACAGGUCUUUCUACAGUUCCUUUUAAAGUCUCUCCCCCCCCCAUGUACUUGUAUAUUUGAAACGAAGGAAAAAAGUUCAUUUUCUAAAAUCUACCUUAACGAGCUUUCCGUAAUAAAAAUGCUGUACUUCUUGCAAUAAAAGUUACCAAAAAGGAGGAAUUACUUCCA